UCCUUAGUCAGUGACAAAAAAACAUCUUUAUUUUUAUGCUUCAUAAAUACGUUUCUAUAGUUUAUCUGAAGGGUUUCAUAAUUCCAAUGACCGAACCACUGAAUGCCUGAAUUUAAGUCAAGUUUAAGUCAAGUGAGGUUCUUCAACUAACAGUAAAAGAGACGUUUAAGAGUGCAUCUGUGUUAGUUUAUCCGGCUGCAACUUCCUGGUUUGAAGGCUGCCCAACUCAAAGACGAGCAUGCAGACAGUGAAACCUGGUCAGGUUCAGGAACGUUUUCAGUUUUUCAAAAUGCCUGCAAGUGUUCCUGCUGCACCAGAUUCGAGCUUGAAUGUGAGAUAUACCCGAAAAGUUCAAGAGAACAGAGGAGCGGGAGAGAACAACCAGGUGGAGAUCUUAGAGGAUGAAGAGCAUCGCGCUGAUCUUGGGUCACAAAAAGCCAGACCACACACUCCAAAGGAUCCUGUCAGAAGGUGUUUUACUGCAGCGACUCUGGGAGUGAUGUAUCUCCUGAUAUUGGCUGGAAUCUUCAUACGCUAUAUGUCAGUCACUUUGGAAAAAGACGAGCUGCAGACCAGAUACGACAGACUGAGCAACAGCUGCAGCCAGCUCCAGGGAAAGAUUUCAGACAUGGCAGUCAACAACAGCCAGUUACAGAGGAGUUACGAAACACUGAGUACAAAUCACAGCCAGUUAUGGGAUGAAGUGAAGCAGCUGAAGGACAAAACUGAAGGGAAGCGGUGUCCUGAAGGAUGGACGAGAUUUGGACACAGCUGUUACUUUAAAUCCAAUGAGGAGAAAACUUGGCCUGACAGCAGAUAUGACUGUCGGAAGAAAGGAGCAGAUCUGGUGACCAUAAACAACGAAGAGGAACAGAACUUUGUCAAAGAGCUGAACGUGAAUGGAGAGUCCUGGAUUGGUCUACGGAGAAUAUGGACACAAACAGGAGGGGAAAGGGCAUGGGCAUGGCUAUGGGAAUGGGAAUGGGUGGACGGAUCACCGCUGACAGAAACGUUCUGGGCAGCAGGAUUGUCAGACCAGCGCUGGGACCAGUACCAGGACCAGUACGCUGCAGCAUGCUGCAAUCAACAAGGACAAUGGACACUAAGCAAAUAUUCUGAUUUUCAGAAGAACUGGAUCUGUGAGAAACAGAUGUCCUGCAUUCUCUGAUGACAGAGGGGUGUGUAGAGUUGGAUCAGCUCCAUCAAAUCUGACCAAAUCACAUUUUACAUUUGUUCAGCUGUUUAUUCUGUGUUGCAUGCUAAAUAACCUGGAUUACAUAGAUAUUGUUCCUCUGCCCUACAUAGUGAACAAUCUGGUGGGAAGUCGUCCACUCUGCAGCUUUACAAAAAUAUUACAAUAAAAGUAAAAAAAACAA